GUUUUUAUCCUGUGACCUAUGUUUUUACGAAUUAACAAAUAACAAUAUUCUUUUAAAUUUUCUACGUUCAAUCAUAACUUGUACUUUUAUAUAUCUUAAUAUGUUAUAAAACGGAGACGUUUUUUUGUUUAAUCACUUGAAUUUGGGAACGGUAUUAUUAUAUAUUUAAUUAUUGUCAAAUUAUCAAUAAUGGCAGACAUGCUGACCCUUGGUCGCACUGCGAUGAAAGACAGGUCUACCGCGCAUCUUCGAAUUUAUGUUGGCGGUAUUAUGGAAGACGACUCAUCAAUUGACGAAGUGUACAACCACUUUAUCCCAUAUGGACCUAUUGAUGGAAUCGUUAUUAACAGGAUAUUCGGCUUUGUACAGUUUCGAAAUGAAUCAAGUGCCCAAGAUGCAAUUUCUAAAGCAGAUGGCUCUAUGUUCAAAGGACGGAAACUGAAUGUCAAAUCUGUUUUGAAAAACGACAAACUUCAGAAUGAGGUGGUUCUGAUACAGCCAGAUGUACCACCAGCUGUUGCUCUGAAUGAUAAUCUUCCAAUAGUGGUAGAAGAUAAUCAAGAUGAUCUCUAUGAUAACCAAGGCAACUAUGUUGGAGAAAAAGAAGAAGAUAUGCAAGAAGAGAUUUAUAAUAGGAGUUGGAAUGACAACCGCGAGCCCCCAGGCAUGAGAGGCAGGGGACGUGGGGGGCCGAGGGGUCGUGGGAGAGGACGCGGUGCUCCGGCCUUCCGUGACAGAUCUCCGGGAAGAGGUGAAUGGCAAGAAAGAGAACGCUUCGAACGGUAUCAGGAGUAUCCGCGUAAACUGCCAGUACCAGAACGGAACGAUUGCGAGAUUAUUGUCGUAUCGAAAAUGCUCACAGAAUAUGCCGAAUACAUUGAGGGUAGAUUAAAAAGGCUUGGAAUAGUAGUGGACCUUUUGUUUCCAAUGGAAGAUGUGCCAAUUGGCAAAGUAUUGGGGAAUAUUGCCUCCCGAGGCUGCCUUUAUGCAAUACUUGUGAUGCCACAGAAUCAAGAGCAUAGGUCAAUGACACUUACUAUUUUACAUGGAUUGCCUCAAGAGCACAGAAACAUGCCCCUAGAAGACGCGUUACAAUUAAUAUCAAGGAACUACCAAGAGGUACAACGAGGAGGUCCCUCGGGAAGAGAAGCUGUGUAUGCCUUACUUGGACAAUUGGCUGAUGGAAGAAACCUAACUGUGAUGCAGUAUGAUAAAGUCCUGGAAUAUUUACAGGAAAAGCGAGGACAGCAAGUAAAAAUAGAGUUAGGUGAACCCCUAGCACCGGCUGCAUCAACUAAUAAGACACAAGUGGACUUGCAACAGAGAAUCCUCAGCAUCCUUAAUGAUAAGAAGGAAGCGCCGCCCCCUAAAAUCACACCUCCCAAACCAGACAAAGCCCAACUAUUCAAUGACCCAACCGUAAGAAAAGCCCUAGAUAGUAUUUUACACAAAUUUGUUUAAAAUGUGAAUAUUAAAUAUAAUUUAAUUUGUUAUGGCCCAAAAUAAAAUUGAUAACACGUGGCAUACACUUGUUAUUUCAUAGCAUGUCCAUAUAUUAGAUAGCCUACUUUCGUUAAAUUCGACGUGUAUUAUAUACAUUUGAGUUUAGUUAGCCAUUUGUUUAAAUAAUUAAUUUGACUUUUGGGCCACAACAAAUAUAUUGUGAUGGAGUGAAUGAAUGAAUAAAAUGUAAAUAAAUAUUUGUUUUCUUUUGAACUGAACUUGGAGGUAUUCAAUUUUAGUUAAAUAUACUUUGUUAGAAAAAAUGUUGAUCCUAAAUUUUGACAGUUUAAAAACGGCGGCGCAGUUAGUUACUCGCAUAUAAUACUAAUAGUUCGCGUGAGUGAAAUGGCACUAGUGUAUAAGCGAGACCACAACUGACGCAACGCUGUACAACUUAAUGUUAUUACAACACAAACAAUUUGAUAUAUAAUAUUAAGUGAAUAAGCAAGUUAAAUAUUAAUAUGAUUGUCUAUUUAAUAAUAUUUUUGCCGUGUACCUAACUAUUACAAAAGCAUUUGUAUCACUUUAAUCAUUCGAUAAAAAAAAUACGUAGGUACUCAUAUUGCUUACCAGACAAAAUUAAACUCAAGAGUUAUUGCACUUUAGAAUUGACAAUUAUAAAAUGUAUCAUUCUAACCCACUUCUCAUUUUUAAAUG